GUGCUCCUCCCUUCGUCUCAUCCUCCACCCUGAGCUCGAGCUCGUAAGCUUGAACCAGCUCCAAGCGGAAAACUAAAGAGCGAGGAAGACGGAGGACGCCGCGAUGCGUUGCGCCGUGCUGCUCCUGCUCGUCUUCGCGGCGGCGCGCGCCGCCGCGGUCGUCACCGACGGGCUCCUGCCGAAUGGCAACUUCGAGUUGGGUCCGGCCAAGUCGGAGCUGGUGAACGGCACGGUGGUGAAGGGCGGCAAGGCGAUCCCCAGGUGGGAGACGUCGGGCUUCGUGGAGUACAUCGAGUCCGGCCACAAGCAGGGCGACAUGCUGCUGGUGGUGCCGCAGGGCGCCUACGCCGUCCGCCUCGGCAACGACGCCUCCAUCCUCCAGCGCAUCCCCGUCGCCCGGGGCUCCUACUACGCCAUCACCUUCAGCGCCGCCCGCACCUGCGCGCAGGCCGAGCGCCUCAACGUCUCCGUCAGCCCCGAGUCCGGCGUGCUCCCCAUGCAGACCAUCUACGGCAGCAACGGCUGGGACUCCUACGCCUGGGCCUUCAAGGCCAAGCUCGACGUCGUCGAGCUCGUCCUCCACAACCCCGGCGUCGAGGAGGACCCCGCCUGCGGCCCGCUCGUUGACGCCGUCGCCAUCCGCACGCUCUACCCGCCCACGCUCUCCAAGGGCAACAUGCUCAAGAACGGCGGCUUCGAGGAGGGCCCCUACUUCCUCCCCAACGCCUCCUGGGGCGUGCUCGUGCCGCCCAACAUCGAGGACGACCACUCCCCGCUCCCCGCCUGGAUGAUCAUGUCCUCCAAGGCCGUCAAGUACGUCGACGCCGCGCACUUCAAGGUGCCCGAGGGCGCCCGUGCCGUCGAGCUCGUUGGCGGCAAGGAGAGCGCGCUCGUGCAGGAGGUCCGCACCGUGCCUGGAUGGGCCUACCGUCUCUCCUUCGCCGUCGGCGACUCCGCCGACGGCUGCAUGGGAUCCAUGGUGGCCGAGGCCUAUGCCGCGCGCUCCACCCUCAAGGUGCCCUACGAGUCCAAGGGCGCCGGCGGUUACAAGCGCGCCGUGCUGGACUUCGUCGCCGUCAGGGACCGCACCCGGGUCGUCUUCCAGAGCGCCUUCUACCACAUGAAGGCCGACGGCACGCUCUGCGGGCCCGUCAUCGACGACGCCAAGCUCGUCGGCCUGCGCAAGAAGCCCGCCGCACGUCGCCUCAUGCUCUAAUUAAGCUAGCCCUGCCACGACGUCUUACUACAAAGAAUGUACGCAAGCACGGCGCCGGAUCGGAGUGAGUAGUAUUUAUUGCUAGGCUUUUGGUGUGCCAACCGGGUGGGUUUAUGUGUGAGAGUUCGCCGUUGUCCGCCGUGCUUAUAUUUGCGGUGGCCCGGUGCUUGUUAUUUUUGUUUCUUUCAUCAUGCCAAUCAACAAAGAAAAGGGUCAUGCUGUGGCUUGGCCCGACGGAGGGCCACGUUAUCAUCA